AUGGCAUACGAUAGGGCCAAAAGAUUUUCAAAAUUAAUUACACAGACUCCUGCACAUGUCGGUCCUGGUACUUACGAUGGAUCAUUUAUAUCAAGGCCACCAAGAGAUUUAGAUUGUCGAUAUCCUUUUUUAAAUAGCACAGAAAGAAAGACUUUGACUAUAUCGAGAGACACAAUUCUUUUCCCAGGACCUGGUUCAUACGAUCCAAUUGAACCACAACGGCACAUUCCAGAACGUAGAAUCGGAGGUGUCAGUAUCGAUUACACCGAUUCCAGAUUAAAAGAGAAAAUUUACGAAGGACCAGGUCCAACGGAAUACGUUCUACCAGAUGAUCUAUUUAAAAAACCACCAGGAAAGAUUAGAUCUCAUCCUGGCACUUGGAAAGGAGCACCUGGAAAACUAUGGUUAAUAAAACCACCACGUUCGAUCAUAACUCCUGGAAUAUCGGUACCUUCCAAACGUGACGUUUAUGGUUAUGAUAUUAACGAGUACGGAAUCCUUGUGAAAAUUUCACCUAUCGAAGAUGAACCAUCUUUCAUAUAUGAUAUACCAAGAAGAGACGAAAAUUUUACUACUAUCAGAUAUAAAGGAAACUUUUGGAGUAGAAUGACUGGAAGAGAAGAGAAAAGACCCUUCGUUACGCCAGGACCAGGAGACUAUGAGCACGAAACGAAAAAAACUCCAACUCAAAUUUACGAUGAAAAGUUUAGGGAAAUAAAAAGGGCUACGUCAAGACAGUCACGUUAUAUCGAAACGAUGUAUCGUCGAAAAUUACGCGAAGGAUUGCCAGGUCCAAGUCAUUACGAUCCACCUAAAAGCACAUUUGAAAGGUAUAAGAAGAUCAAUUGUAAAUGCGAUAAGUAUACCUUAGAACCUCCAUCUUUUUAUCAAACUGCAAAGAGAUUUGAAUAUAGAGAGUGUACCGAUAUUCCUGGUCCAGGAACGUACGAAAGCAAUAAACCAAAAUGUUCUUUCACUCACGUACGUCGAGCGCCAUUCGGAAGUCUCGUUUCUCGAUUUAGAGAGAUUGCUGAUGACAUUAGUCCAGCACCCGAUAAAUAUAACGUGGUAGUAGGAAAUAUUUCUUAUGAAUCUGCAAAACUUUAUAAAAAUAAUUACGAAAGAUCAAUAUGUCGUACAACAUCGGAAAAGAUCGUGACUCCUUAUAGGAAGAAGAAAUUAAUCAAAUAUAAAGAAGUAAAAAAAGUUUCUGAGAGAAGUUACGUACAUCAUGCUGUUUUUAAAUCAAGAACAGAUAGAUUUCGUAGAGUUGUUAAAGGGAUCGAUGCGCCAGAUCCUGGAGCUUACGAAGCUUUAACCUCCUUCAAGGCUAAUCGUGAUCGAUGCGACUUCCUCUGCCGACGUUUGGCUCCACCCUUCCUUUCGAGUGCCCGUCGUGUUCUCGAGAUUACCAAAGGAAUCGAUAUGACAGUACCAGCUUCGACACAUUAUACCAUCCUGUAUGACAUAUCAAAAGGAGUCAAGGGAGGUGUGAUAUCGUAUUCACGACGUGAUAAGGAGAAAAGAACGAAGAUACCUGGACCCCAGUACUAUUGUAUAAAUCCUUACAUCGAGUCGUCUGUAUUGAAGAAAUCUUUCAACGUUACUUUGGGUAAAGAAAAGUUCAUAGGGGAAACGAAAAGUGUAAAAGGUCGAUUGCAACGUGGUUACACGAGGAAAACACUAAGAUGUUUCUCUACAUCUUACAAGGAUUAUCGACAUUGUCCUAUAACGUGUUUGACAGUAUCGGGACGAACAAAUUCAACGCACGAACGAAAAGAUUACAAAUAUCCGUCUAUUUAUUUUCGUUUUGGAGAAAAAACGGUGAAAAAUGGUGGAGUUAAAAAGCAACGCGUAUCUCUAUGA